AUGUUGUGUAAAGAAAUUGAAGAUACUAUUAAUGAGGUUUUUACAAAACCUGAAGAAAUUCAUAAAUUUAAUAUUAUAGAAUCAAAAACUUUUCUUCCUUUAAGUGAGUUAAUUUCUCCCAAUUGUAAUAGAAGAAAAACUAAGUCCAAUCCACUAAGAGUACAAAAUUGCAAUCUAAUCGUUCAAGUCUCUGCAUUUGAAAAUAACUCUGAAAUUAAAAAUUCUAUUAUUUUGAUUGUAAAUGCACAGAAACAAUUAAAAGAAUUUAGCUACAGAGGUGUUGAUAACUGGGUAGAAGAAAUAAUCAAUGCAUUGCCAUCUCAUACUAAUUCAUUGAUAUCUAUCAAACUUGAGUGUGUUAACAUUUUAAAAUCAUCAUUGAAUUCAUUUACUAAAUGCAAAAAUUUGGAAAAUCUAGUAAUUUUGAACUAUUAUGGGCUUGUAAGAUUAUGCAAUAAUUUCGAACUUAAAAAUUUAAAAAAGUUAUAUAUUAGAAGGCUUUUUAUGAAUAUUAAAAUACCAUACUUAAAAGAAUUAAUCUUAGAAGUGUUGACACAGGAAGUGAUGCUUUAUAUAAUAGAAAAUUGGUCUAAUAUUACUCAUCUUACUCUCAAUAACUAUUGUCUAGCUCCUCAUGAUCAGAUAUUUAAAAAUUUAAUUAAAAAGUUACACAUAACACACUUAACCAUUAAGUUUCUAUAUAGCAAAUCUAUUAUUUCUGAAUCUUCGAUUCUAUCAAAAGAAUUUCUUCCACCUUCGCUUAAAUAUUUAGUAAUUCAUUGCGGGCUCAUUACAAUUUAUCUUGAUA